AUGGCGUCGGAAACGGCCACGAUGCUGCGUGCGCAGACCGGGAACCCUAACUUCUCUAGAUUGCAACUCGCUGCAGCCCUCAUCGAGUAUGACAACGACAAUGAAGACGGCGUUGAACCUCCUCGAUCCGCUCAUGAUAGUGCUAUCUUCGCCCACUUACGCCAGAUGCCUCGUCUUCCUCCGGUGAAGAAGCCUGCCGCCGACUAUCUCAGCAUCAAAUUACCAAGUGACCAGGGCAGCCUCGGUGGGCGCGAGUCUGCUCUAAGCCACUUCAAAGGUCGAAAUUCUGUCGCGUCGUUGGUCAAUCCGUUCGCCACCGGAAGUGGAGCCGACGAAGAAGAGGCCGAGGAGGAUGAGCAUGCGGUGGAGGUCGAUCUUGCGUCUUGGGGGUUGGAUUCGUUCAUGCCGAAGGAGAAACCAGCGAAAGGCGGGAAGAAGAAAGAGAAGAUGGACGUGCUCCCCAACCCUUACGACCAACCCGCAGACAAACGUCGUAUUCGUUCCAUGAGUGUUGGGACCUCAGAGGCCUUCGGUGCUGGCGGCGCUUUCCUCGAAUCACCGUCCGCCACACCGCCGCCAACGGAUCGUCACAAUCAUAAACGAUCUAUGAGCUCUACUCUUGAUCUUGCGAGUGGUCCCAAUCGACCAGUUCUUGGUCAACGCACCGUCUCGGCUCAUGGUAUUAUUGAAGCAAUUCCGACCACGCCUCCUCUACAUUCGAUCCCGUUCCCCGCAGACGAUUCUCGCUCGAGGUCCCCGUCUGUUCUUGAUGUAGGCUCCUCGUUUGACCCAAGAAGCAAGGGCAAAGGACGGACAUACUCCACGGCCAGCAUCGGUUCUAAAGGCCUCCUCGCGGAUGCGGAAGAAGAGCUCAUGACUAUGAGACGAUCAUCUGCCGCUCUAUCAGUCCAGCCUGAUGAAAGAAGGGCACGGACCACAUCUAUGGGAACGGUCGGUUCACUUGGUUCUCGAGCUCUCCUCGCCGAAGACAAUCCUUUUGCCCUUCGACCGCCUUCACCUGCACGGACCUCCCGUUUCGAUCCAAAGGCAGCCGCACACGCACGCACGAUGUCCAACCUUUCCUUGGGAUCUCGCAUACCUCUCGAUAACCCCGAAACCAACGAUGCAGCCUCUGUUAUGACCGGCCAACAACAGCGUGCACCACGACCACAAAUGGAGCGCAGGCCGUAUUCUACACUGGAGCUCAUGAGGCCCAAGGUCCUCGUCAUGCCCAGUCCUCUGCAGGGCACGGUGGCUGCACAACCAGCUCCAGGCCCACAGCCCCGCGAAGGAUUCCAGUGGUCCGCCGAUGGUCCUCCUGUUCCACUCGAAGCUCGAGGUGCUUCCCGUCGUGCAUCUUCCAUCAACCUUCUCGAAGGAAUCUCACCACCACCUCCUGUCGCUUCCAACGGAUUCACGCCCAACCCUCGUUCCAGCAUGACACUGUCGCAGCUCACUUUCCGGAACCAGUUGAUGGUGGGUGGUCAGAGGGACGUCGCUUAUUCAGAUUUGGACGCAGGGCUGCAACGGGCGACGGAAGAAGGACAACAGAUCGUCGCCCCGGUGGAGGAAGAGCCUGUGCGACCGCUGACUGUCGUUGUGAAUGAUGAGGACGAAUUUCGUCGCCCGGCUGGGAAACUCUACGGCGUUAGUCUUAUCGACGCUAUCGAAUCGCGGAAGGCCAACAUGCGGAGCAGACAAAGGGUAUUUACGGGUGACGAUCGUCCUUCAAUGAUGGCUCGUCAACAAACCCGGUCCAGCACCGCUAUACGAUCCAGCACAUUCAUCGACCCUGAAUCCCUGAACCGACGAGCGUCCCAACUCCCUCCAGGUGCCGCAGGUGCCAGACCACCCCUCGGACGAAGAGCAUCCACCGGAGCCAAGCCGCUUCUCGAUUUUGGCGAUGUCGCGCCAGCCAACGGUCCGGGACUACAACACCAAAGGCCAGCCAUGACAGGGACGAAGUCCGUGUUUGGCGUAGACACGCUUUGGGAACGCGAGAUGGCGAAGUUGCGAGAGAUCGAGGCUCAGGAGGCUGCUGAAGAAGAGGCUCGGAGGGCUGCAGAGUUAGUUGAGGCCGCACGUCAGGAGAAGAAGAAAGGUAAAGGCAAGAAGAAGAAGAAGGAUAAAGGGAGAGAGGAGGAGACGGUCCAGCCACAGGAUAAUACUCUUCUGCCCGAAGCACCUGCACUUAGCACCGAGGACAUCCCCCGUGCAUCCGUCGAGCCACCCGUUCUGCCCGCUAUUCCUAGAAAUAUCACUCGAGGUCCUCCGCCGCCACGAAACGAAUUUGACGAGGAUUCGGAGAGCGCGAGUGACGAGAGCGAGGCGCCGGGGGUGCGGCUGGUGCAGGGUGGCGCUGGCGGCGAUGGUGGUGAUCCAGACUGGCACGCUGGUUCUUCCGAUGACGAGAAGAAGCCGAAGCAAGUUGGACCGGUGCGAACGACUGGUGUUGGGCCACGAUAUCCGAAUCGAGCUCGAGGGCGUCCGGGGGCUGCUGGCGACGGAGAUGAUAGCAGCGAUUCCGACGUUCCAUUGUCAGCCACCGUGGACCGUGUCUUGCACCGCUCCACUACGAAGAACUCGAACUUACGGCCUGCUGCGGACGAGUCGGACGAAGAGAAACCUCUUUCCGUUUUCCUUGACAAGGCGAAGCUCAAUAUUCCUUCCAUUGAUUUCGAUAACAUCGCUCAACCGUCAACUAGCCGUGAUAAAGGGAAGCAGGUCGCACGGAACGGCGAUGACGAGGACGAAGACAACGAGCCUCUCGGGAUUCGUGCCUCUCGCAUGCUCCCUGGCUCCAUUGGUUCACCGGUAUCAGGGGCAGGGGGUGGGGACGACGAAGACGACAAGCCGCUAGGUCUCCAUCCGGAACAGCAGCGCCGAACGCAGUACCAGCAGCUUAUGUAUUACCAGCAACAACAGCAGGUCGCGCAGCAACAGCAGAUCGCACAACAGCAGAUGAUGCAGGCGCAGAUGCAGGCUCAAAUGCACCAGAGCAUGAUCUUUGGGAAUCCGUCGAUGAUGGGCUCUGGGUUCUUUGGUCCUCCUGUUGCGGCUCCAAUGGGUGCACCCAUGCCCAUGAUGAACCCUAUGGGGCCUAUGCCUGUGCCUGUUAGUCCCCCGCCGAUGCAAGACAAUCAGAAGUAUGGUCGGGUCGAUAAGUGGAGACAUGAAGUUGGAUAG